AUGUCGAUGAGUGCCAGGUCCACAACGGGGGCUGCCAGCACAGAUGUGUGAACACCCUUGGAUCUUAUUACUGUGAGUGCAAGCCAGGCUUUCGCCUGCACACAGAUGGCAGGACCUGCAUUGCUGUGAACACGUGUGCCCUGAACAACGGUGGCUGUGAACACGACUGCGUGCAGGUGACGCUGACACAGCACCAGUGCCGGUGCCGGCACAAUUACCAGCUGCAGGAAGACGGCAGACGCUGCGUUGUGAGGAACCCCUGUGCCGACAGGAACGGGGGCUGCAUGCACCAGUGCCACAACCACGGUGGAGUAGCCCGCUGCGAGUGCCACCCUGGCUACCGGCUGGGACCUGACAACAGGGCCUGUGAAGAUGUGAAUGAAUGUCUGACUGGACUGGCCAUUUGUGCACACCAGUGUCUCAACACUCGUGGCUCCUUUAAGUGUACCUGUAACCCAGGCUACGAGCUGGGAGCAGAUGGCAAGCAAUGCUAUCGGAUAGAAAUGGAGAUUGUGAACAGCUGUGAAGCCAACAAUGGUGGCUGCUCCCAUACGUGCCACCACACCAGCUCUGGCCCGGUCUGUACCUGUAACUUUGGCUAUCGGCUUGAAGAGGACCAGAAGACAUGCACUGAUAUCAACGAAUGUGACAGUGGUUCUCACUGUUGUCAGCAAGACUGUUACAAUUAUCCUGGAGGCUACGAGUGUGCCUGCUAUGCUGGAUACAGGCUCAGCACAGACGGCUGUGGGUGUGAUGAUGUGGAUGAGUGCUCUGCACAUAACGGUGGAUGUGAACACACAUGCCAGAACCAACUGGGGUCUUUCCAGUGCGGCUGCGAGAUCGGGUACAAACUGGAUGACGACCGGAGGAGCUGCAUCUCCAUAGCAGACCCUGUGGAAGCUCUGGAUGGUCGGCGCCCCGUUAUUCGCCCAAUCCCACAUGUUGCCAUCCUGCGAGAUGAAUUUACCCAGCUCUUUAAUGACGACUAUGAAGAAGAGGAGGAGGAGAUGGAAGCAAGAGGAGAGCACACACUUUCAGAAAAAUUUGUCUGCCUGGAGCACACGUUUGGCCCCGACUGCAGCCUGACCUGUGACGACUGCCAACACGGAGCCACGUGCAACGCGGCAGAGACCGGCUGCGACUGUCCGGCGGGCUGGACCGGCGUCCUCUGCAACCAGACCUGCCCGCCUGGCACCUUCGGGAGGAACUGCAGCCAGACCUGCCGCUGCCAGAACGGUGGCACCUGUGACCCGGGCACCGGUGCCUGCCGCUGCCCGCCCGGGGUGGCCGGCGAGCUCUGCCAAGACGGGUGCCCUAAAGGAUUUUUUGGGAAACAAUGCAGGAAAAAGUGCAACUGUGCCAACCGGGGUCGUUGCCAUCGGAUUUAUGGAGCCUGCCUGUGCGAUCCUGGCUUGUACGGACGGUACUGCCAUUUAGCUUGCCCGAAGUGGGCGUUCGGCGCCGGGUGCUCGGAGGAGUGUCGCUGUGAGCAGCAGAACACGCGCGACUGUGACAAGAGGGACGGCUCCUGCCGAUGCAAACCCGGCUACCGCGGCAAGCGCUGCGAGACCAAAUGUGACCCUGGCUAUUACGGGGAUGGCUGCAAGAAGAAGUGUAGCUGCUCUCCAGAAGUGUCUUGUGACCAUGUCACUGGGGAGUGCUGGAAAGAAUGUCCCCAGGGCUACCACGGGGAGAACUGCGACCAAGAGUGUCCAGAGGGGAAGUUCGGGGUGGGCUGCCAGGGGUCCUGCUCCUGCCGAGGAGCUCCCUGCAACCGGACCACGGGACAGUGCCUCUGCCUGCCGGGCUGGACGGGACACGACUGCGGCCAAGCUUGCCCAGAGGGUCUCUGGGGACUGGGCUGCCAGGAGAUAUGUCCCGAGUGUGCCAACAAUGCCAGCUGUGAUCCUGCCACGGGAGCCUGCCGCUGCCUGCCCGGCCACCGCUGCCAGGACG